ACAUGACACCGUAGUGAGACAAGCAAAAGCUUAUCAAAUAAGAAGUAUAAGAAGUAUCAAAAUUCAUCAAUUAUGAUUCAAAUAAUCUCCAGCAUCAAUUGUAAAAAAAAAAGAAAUUGUUAUAAUAUCUUUAAUUUCAUUAAUUAAUGGUUGAAUUAACCAUAGUGUGAGAUAACUCUAAUAUUAUCAGACUUAGUACUUUUAUUUUUAUUAGUCCCAUAUAAUUCAAAUUUUAAUUACAUAUAAUAUAAAUUAAAAUAAUAUUCGUAUUUUAUUAUUAUUAAUUUUAUAUAAAUUUAAAAAAAAUUAUAAGUAAUAUAAUGGCCGGAUACAACUAAUUACUAACUACUAUUGGUAAGGUACGUUCACACUCCAUGGAUUUAUUUGAAGGCAUAAAUCUCAGGUUUGAAUCCAUGUUGAGAAUCCACCAAGUCCACUGCUAUUUAUUGAUGGCUUACAAUCUCCAGAAACUCUCUUGACUCUUGAGAAACUCAUGACUCUUGAGAAACUCAUGACUGACACUGACAGAGAUAUCAAAAGUCGUGUUCACAAUGCUUCUGACCCUGAAGUGGCUCAUCAAAUGAAUAAAAUUGUCUUUUUUCAUUUAAACGUGCCAUACAAAAAGAAAGGAUAAAUAAUAAUUUUAGUGUUGUAUAUAAAAUAUAUCUGCAUCAUGAUCACAAAUCACUACAAUUGCAAGCAGGGGGGCUAGGAUGGGGUUAGUGGUAAGGAUGGUAAUGAGGUGAACAGUUUGUAAUAUAUAUUAUAUAGUAGGGCCUAUAGGUCAUGGAGGCUGGAGGUUCCCUGGCCCCAAGUCAACUACCAGCCAUAGUUCCAUAUUCAAAAAAUUUUGAUCUAUAGCUUUGUCUUUACCAGUAUUUGUUACCCUGUACAAGUUUUUCUUCCCUGUUAAUUUUGUCUUGAAAUUGGGGAGAGGUCUCCCAGCCCAGAAAAUUAUGGUAAAAAGUCCAGUGAAAUGUUAACAUGAUAGAAAUGAAUAGCAUAUGAGUACCGGUAUCUCAAUUUUCAACCAAUCAAAAUUAAAAGACAGCACCUUUAGCGCAUAUUUCUUUUUUAAAUUUGUGUAUUUUGGGCUGUGGUAUCAGCAAGGAUGUGUUCCUUUUUUCGUUUCUUUUUAACAUUGUGAGUUGAAUUUUUAUAUAAACGAAUGGAACUUCUUAUUUCAAUAUUUCUCUAUUUGUCAUCAGAUUUAGCCUAUGUCACAAAUAAUGCUCAGGGAAGAAUGGGAAAGUUAUCAUAUACACUGUUCAGCUCAAUCAAUUGGUCUGUUCACCUUAAGUCCAGUAUUGAGAUUUCCCAAAGUGUGGUCACAGCGCUUAGGGUAGACAGCUCUUGGCAAAACACAUACCGCUAAUUCAAUCUUUACCAGGCAGGGCUGAAACUGGAAGUUAACAACCAAUAAAAUAAUUUUAAAAUACAAAUAAAGAGAAAAGAAGAAAAAGCAGGGAACCAUUUAAAUAAGAAAACACACUUUUGAAAAAGUAAAUCAAUUCAAAUACGGUAUCUAGGGGCCUUAAUAAAAGAAAGAAAUUAAUUACUAACAGAAAUAAAGGAAAGAAUAUUGGCUGCAAACAGGGAAUACUUCAGUAAUCACAAAAUGCUAAAAAAAUAAAAACAUAACCGCUACAAGAAAAACAAAGAAAACUAUUUAUGUAACUUUUUAAGACCAGAAUCAACAUACGCCAUUAAAACUUGGACCCUCGCAAAAAACAGUAGUAAACUUAUUUAACACAUGGGAAAGAAAAGUUAUCCUGAAAAUAUAUAGAUAAACUUAGAAUAAAUAUGGAUGGAGAAAACAAACCAACUACGAAUUGUAUGGACUCUAACUGGAUCCCUGGCUAGAAGUAGCAGAAAAAAAAAAAAAAAGGCAGGCUACGCUGGGCUAGAUACUAGAUAAGAUAGAAUGCCAAAUAACAGGAGUGAAGAGGGCACACCAAUCAAACCACAGAAAUAAAAUGUAUCAAAGGCAGACCUAGGCUUCAAUGCAUAAAUGAUGUGGAAACAGAUCUACAACAGCUGGAAAUCCAAGCUUGUAAAAUAUAUGUAUUAUGUCUGAUUUGAAAAAAGUGGUAAAGCAGGGCAAAGCCUUACAUGGACAGUAAUGCCACAGGGAUGGAUGUAAUAUAACUGAUGAUAAACACUGUUGUAUGUGGGUGCAGAGAAGUAGCUACCCUGUAUUUUAAGGCACUUACCAUUAAUUAAUUAGGAUCAAGUUAGGAAAAUCUCUACAUUUUACUGAACAACCUCUCAGGUGGGAAAAAAUAUCUUUAAAAAAAUUUUAAGCUAAGUCCAUUUUAUCUAUCCAUUUUGGGGCAUCUAUCGAAUACAACAAAUAAUUUUUAAUAAGCCCUAUCAGCUGAUGACAAAGCAUGCUGAAUGAUAAAAAUAUGAUGGGAUUGUGUCAGUAUACUGCCAGCUGACGAUAUAAUGAACCUCUCAGCAAACCUUUGAAAAUGAAACUUGUGGGCUCAAUGUUUUAUACAGAGAGUAGAAGAUGGUCACAGAAAUCUUGUGAUUUGUGUUGCUACAGCAUACCCAGCUGGAAAUCUCUGUAACAAAUCUGAAUUGUGAAUGUACAAAAAAGUCUAAAGCCUACAAAAAGACAUUAAAAAAAAAUAUUUUUAAAUUUAGAAGAGUUUUCAACAACAUGUGCACCAAGACUAUAAUUUCUAUAUCAUAAAAUAUUGCUUUCACCAAAAAUGAUUAGGACAUUUAUUUUACUUGGUAAAACAUUUGCUUAUUAAUAGUGGGCUUACAUGAUGUCUGGCACAUGAAGUCAGUCGAGUCUCAUGAUGAAACCUAGGCCCACUAGGCCUACCUUCACCACUCUAGUAAGACUAGUAGUAGAGAAAGUAACUCAUAGUCCUCAAAGUCAAAGUGGUUUAUUUUCAACUUCAAAGUUAAUUUUCAAAUAUAUUGUUAGUUUUUUGUUUUUUAAAAUAAAUAUUUGAAGUUGUUUAACCAACAAUAACAAGUUUAGUCCCAAGAUAUAUAUAUAUUUUUUUAAUGAACUCUUAAUUUCUCCAAUGCAUCUUUUCAAAGUUUAAAUUUUCACUACCUGUAAUGAAAACAAGAGAUGGAUAUUAACGACAAUAAAGACUCCUUGGAAGAUUAUUCCCUAGACAGAUCUUCGGAAGAAAUGAAUGAUCUGAUAAGCAAUAAUGGAGUAAGUGUCUCAAGUCUUUAUUUGAUAUCUUUAUUGUGUGCUGUCGUCUUGUUCUUAAUAUAUAUUUUACAUGCUCAUUUUAUGAUAUACAUAUUUAAUGAGAAAAAACAACAGAAAACUGCUUAAAUUGUUAAAAUAUACUAGUUGUUAGGGGACCCAUUGACAUUAACUCAAUGUACAGGUAUAAAAUUAUAAUGAAUGAGAAUGUCCAGUUCAGUUUAUUAAUGAAAGGUAGACCUUUAUAUUUUGAAGAGUUUUAUUACAUUUCCCUUUUUUUUACUGAAUUUCACACAACAUUUAUGUAACAAAUAUGAAAUGUAGGUUGUUCUUUUGGCCUGACAUAUUUGACAACAUUUAUUAUAGGCAAUGUGCAUAAAUGAAUUACUGUUUAAAUCUGUUGUGGUUUAUUUCUAUUUUCUAUGCAGGCUUUCUGCACAAAAAAAAACAACAAAAAAGGUGGUUUACCAGCCCCAUAAUGCUACACAUGUACAAUAUUGCCGAGACAUUUAAUGAAUACUUUAUUUAAUUUUUUAUUUGCAGGAAUGGGAAUAUGCUAUGAGACGAGAAAUGCAGGUAUGGUGGAAAAUAUUGAUUAAAAUUUAAAUUUAAAAUGAAUUAUUCCAGUUGAUAAAAAAACAGCUUGACAUUUGAAAGAUAUUUCCUAAUUCUAAUAACAGCAUUUGAGUUUGAGAUUUUUAAAAAAAAUUAAUAAUUUACACAGGAGCUAAGCAUUUUUUCCACAUGGCAAGUGUAAAUAGAAUCUGGUGUCUAAGCUAUCUGUGUGAUAUUUUCAAAUUAAAAAUUAAAAAUACCUUUUAAAUCCCUUGAUUGUUGCUUAUUACAAAAAUAUUAAUGGCAAAAGUAAGCCUUACAUUUGCAUAUGAAUCACUUCUUUUAUAGAGAUGGAGACAGAUGCUUGACGAUUGGUUACUUUUAAAGAUUUUGCUCCUUUACUUUAACAAAUAAUAAAAUGUAUUAUAUUUAUAUGUAAAAUAUUGAUAAUUUAACUAAAUUUGUAAAAUUCCAAAUCUCUUUCAUAUUCUAAAGGAAAUCAUUCCAGGAUUGUUUCUUGGUCCUUACGCUUCAGCAAUGAAAUCAAAGGUAUUAAAUGUGGAGAUCAAUGGUAUUUUAAUUAAUAAAAACCCACCUAAAGUUGGUUAAUUUUCCCCACUAAAGUGCAUUUAAAAAAUAAUGUGUGUCUCUGAUAGCCUGUGUGGUUAACUUUAAUUAAUGUAUGUCUCUGGUAGAUACACUGUUUUUUUUCCUUUAAUUAAUGUAUGUCUCUGGUAGGUACACUGUAUUGUUUACCAUGAUUAAUGUGUGCCUCUGGUUGACGUUAUUGUUUACUUUGAUUAAUGUGUGUCUGGUAGACUGUAUGGUUUACUUUAAUUAAUAUGUUUGCCUAGUUGACUGUAUGACCUACUUUGAUUAAUGUGUGUCUCUGGUUGACUGUAUGGUUUACUUUGAUUAAUGUGUGUCUCUGUUUGACUGUAGAGUUCAUUUUGUUUUUCAUUUUUUAAAAUCAACAAUCAUUGGUGUGACUUGACAUAUUUACUACAUUUUUUAAAUCUCUGCACUGCUCACCACUGUUUCCCAAAAUACAAUGUCUAUUAUCUAUAUUAUUAUAUAUAUAACUAUGUCACCCUUCCUCUUCCUAUAUAACAUUUCACAGCUCGAUACACUACUGAACACAGGGAUCACCCACAUAGUUUGCAUCAGGCAGUCCAUAGAAGCCAAUUUUGUCAGGCCAAACUUUCCACAUCAAUUCAGGUACACAUUUGCAGUAUGCUCUUUGCUAUAGUAAAUUUAAAAAAUGCGGUGUAAAUACUACAUUUCUUUAGAAAGUGGUGGGUGUCAUGUGACAGUUCUUCAAUAUACUUUUGCAAAAGUUUCCUUAUUUAUGAAUUUUUUUAAAGAAAAGAAAUGUCAGUCCCACUCUUAAAAUUAAGCAUCAAUCAAUGGAAGGCACUAAGUUUAUCCUUGUUGUCCAUCAUGUGCUUUUAGUGUUUUGUCAUUUUCAUUUACUCAUAGGCAUACAAAAUAGAUAUUUUGUUAACUUUCACUGAACCAAAUAAACCAGAUAAAUUACUAAUGUUGAUCAGCCUCGUAUGGCUUGUAAAUAAUCAUUCUUACAUUUACAUGGGCAUUAAAGGCUUUCUUGUUGUAUCAGGUACCUGGUAUUGGACAUGGCUGACUGUCCAACAGAAAACAUUAUCAAGUACUUUAGACAAGUAAGAGGAUUUUUUUUUUUUUUGUGUGGUAAAUUGCUCAAAGCCAUGAUUUUUUUUUUCAGCAUUUGCUCCUAUUCUAAUUUCAAUAAACAUAGCCGUCCCAUUCAAUUCAAGGUGGAUUUGUUUUUUUUUUUUUUGGUUUUUUUAACCCCUCCUGUUUUUAUUUUGGUUCUAAUUUAUUAAUAACUAUCAUUUUUUAAAAUUAAUUACAAAAUUUAAUACAUUUUUAUUUUUUUUUUUUUUGUUUGGUAAAUUGCUCAAAGCCAUGAUUUUUUUUUUCAGCAUUUGCUCCUAUUCUAAUUUCAAUAAACAUAGCCGUCCCAUUCAAUUCAAGGUGGAUUUGUUUUUUUUUUUGUUGGUUUUUUUAACCCCUCCUGUUUCUAUGUUGGUUCUAAUUUAGUAAUAACUAUCAUUUUUCAAAAUUAAUUACAAAAUUUAAUACAUUUUUGAGUACACUCUUUUCAUUACCUAAUGGAAUGAUCAAAGCUUGGUGUUGUGGGAUAACAUUUUCCCAAACGAAAUCUCAAUGAAAAAAAUGACUUCAUUUUAUUUUUUUAAAAUCAAAAGCUGCAAGAGUUGAGGUUUUAAAUUAAUCUGCUAACUAUGUUGUGUUUUUUUUAGACUAAAGAAUUUAUUGAUGAGUGCCUGGACAAUGGAGGCAAAGUUCUUGUUCAUGGCAACGGUGGAAUUUCUCGAAGGUAAUUUUAAAAAAAACAACCUUUGGUCAGUUUCUUGAGACGUAGGCAUAAUCAAAAACUAUUUUCUGCACAUGUUUUUGAAAAAUAAAAUUUUCCUGUGUUUUUUUUUUUUUUAAAUACAUGUAACUGUGUUAAGUCGUGUCAGUUUUAAGGGUUAUAAUAAUUUCUAAAAUAAUUUAAAUAUCUGAAAAGAUUUAUAAGCCCAUGUCAUUGUAAAGAUGCAGUUUGUUUAACUAGUCUGUAUUUCUUGCAGUGCUGCUGUAGUUAUUGCUUAUGUUAUGGAAAAAUGCUCUCUGACAUCAAGGUAUCUUAGCAAUUGAUACAUUUUUUUUUCUGUAGUAAUUGAAUAAGAGGAUAUUAUUGGAGAUUAUUUAACUCAUAAAUUCCUCUCAUUGCAACAUGUAUGCUAUUUUUAUAUUAAACUUAAACCCUCUUUGCACAGGCUAUAAACCUAAACCUUCUUUGCACAGGCUAUAAACAGUUUAAUUUUGUCUCUAAGAUUAUCAGGUGUUUGUGGGAUUGCAUGUUAGCUUUUGUCAUUUUAUUUUCCAAAACUUAAUUUCAAAGACAAUUAAUUUUAUGAUACCAGUAGCAGCAUCAUUUAGUUGCAAUAUAAAAUAAGAUUUGUUUUAUAAAGCUUAUCUCUUAAAAAUUCCAUACACUUCUUUGUCCUACUUAGAUUGGGUAGGGUUGGCAUAUUAUUAUUGAUAGAUUUUAUUAAUUUUAUUAUUUACAUGAUUUGUGCAUGUUCAUUUAUCAUCUUGGCCUGAUUUCAGAGAAGCAAUCUCAUGUGUUCGCAACAGACGAUUUUGCAUCAGCUUAAAUGAGGGAUUUUUACAUCAACUUACAGUUAGUUCUCUUUCUUCUUCUAUAUAUUCAGAGCCCACGAUCCAUGUAUUGAUCAUUCUGGCUCCUAUGCAUGUAGAGGGAUUCGUUUUGUUGCUUAAGAGCUCCUUUCUUUUUUUAACAAUUUAUUUGGGGUAGUGCUAAGACUUAGAGUCUGAAAUUUAUGAUGUCAGAAGCACUGUAAGAGUUUUUAACUAGCUUAAACCUUGAUUACCAAGGCUUCUUUGACAAUCUAUUUGAUAUUUCUCCCAACAGGAGUAUGAACACAUCUACAAAGCCCAGUCACUGACUUACAUUUCUGAUGCAGCAGCACAAAACCUGUCUGGUAAUUUAUUUACUUGAAUGAAUGUGAUUUUUGUACAUCUCUUGUAAGACUUGCCGUGCUGAAAUGUGUUGGAUAUUUUAGCAGCAGACGUUUUGGAUUUCAUAAAUAAAAGCUUCAAAAUUUGUUGCAAUCAAGUUCUGCUGUUUAAAAAUUAAUCCUUUCAAGACAAUUGUAUGGAGUAAUGGUAUUAAAAAAAACAACUAUAUUAUUGUACCUUGGAUGAUAAAAAUUGCCUCUGUUGUUUGUUUUGUUUCACUUUAAAAAAAAACGUUUUAAAAAAACAACAUUUAUUUCUGUGAAGCUAUAAUGUGUCUAAAAACAUUUUUUUUAUUAUCAUACAAUUUUCUGCACAUGUGACAUUGUUGUUUUGUUGGGACAUAAUUGAUAGAGACUAUAAUUUCAGAGCCGUUCUUAGGAUUUUGGGGGCCCUAGGCAUGGAGCGUAGGUAGGGGUACCUGGAAGGGCGCGUCCGGGGGGGGGGGAAGAGCUCUCCUGGAGCUGAGAAGAAAACAGAAUUGUGAAGUUACAAAAUAGACCUCAGACGAGAGAUUUAUAUAUAUGUAUACACAUGGAAUUGCAAGUUGUAAGCUAAAAAAAACAAAAAAACAUAAUUGAUAGAGACUAUAAUUUCAGAGCCGUUCUUAGGAUUUUGGGGGCCCUAGGCAUGGAGCGUAGGUAGGGGUACCUGGAAGGGCGCGUCCGGGGGGGGGGGGAAGAGCUCUCCUGGAGCUGAGAAGAAAACAGAAUUGUGAAGUUACAAAAUAGACCUCAGACGAGAGAUUUAUAUAUAUGUAUACACAUGGACUUGCAAGUUGUAAGCUAAAAAAAACAAAAAAGCACCUUGCCAGUGGGGCCCUAGGCAGUUGCCUAGUUUGCCUGUGCCUUAGAACGACUCUGAUAAUUUAUUCAUUUAGACAAAAUUUUGUAACCCUUAAGCUUACAAAGUCAUCUCCGCCUGGCUGUAGAAGUUCACUUUGUUAUCUAUCAUUUCAGCUAAAAGAAAGAGAGUUGAGAUGGACAUGGAAAACUCGCAUUCCUCUCAGACCUUCUCAUGAUGUUCAAUCACCUGCUCAUCCCAGCCGACAUUCAGCACAACAUGAGAUCAUCAUAGGCCACAGCAAAUGCAACAAGUUCUGAAACCAUCUCAUACUGCUCCAGAUAGAGCAACACUAGAAUUGAUUUCAAUUUCAAACAACAUUAUGCACAAACAUUUUUUUUUUAAUUGCAUCUUUGGCCACUUCAGAUACAACAUUUGGUCCCCCUUAGACAACUUCAGAUAAAACACUUUGGUCCCCCUUAGACAACUUCAGAUAAAACACUUUGGUCCACCUUAGACAACUUCAGAUAAAACACUUUGGUCCACAUUAGAAACUUCAGAUAAAACACUUGGAUACACCCUAGACAACUUCAGAUAACUUGAGUCCAUCCUCUACAGCUACAGAUUUAUCAGUGGAGUCCAAACAAGCAAGUAUUGAAUUCCCCAUCGGUAGAUUGCUAUGACACAGAUAAGAUUUGUUGUGAUAAUUAACAGUAAACACUGGGUGAAGCUGUACAUGUUAAUUUUGUUAGUGUUGUGACAUUUUCAUUUAUUACAAUUGUAUUUUGUAUUGUGUUAGUGGUGAAUUCAAGCCUGUCUCAGGGCGAUGUCACUGGUGAUUAAAUCUGUGCCAACUCUCAAGAUUGUGUCACUAGUGAAAGUGCAUGUCAAUUCUCAGGAUGAUGUCACUUGUGAAUAAAUUCAUGCCAAGUCUCAGGAUGUCACUUGUGAAUGCAACGUCUCAGGAAUAUGUCACUAGUGAAUACAUUUAUCCUUGUCUCAGGAUGAUUUUUCCGGUGAACAAAAAUAUUGCUGUCUCAUUUGGAUGCCAGUAACUAAUAAAUUAAUCUUUGUCUCAGGAUGAUGUCACUAGUGAAUAAGUUCACCCCUGUCUCAGGGAGAUGUCUCCAGUAUAAAAAAAAAAUGCAUGCUUGUCUCAGCUUGAAGUCCCUAGAUGAUAAAUUCAUGCCUGCCUCAGGAUGAUAUCACCAGCGAACGAAUUCGGGAUAAUGUCAGCAGUGGUUUCUGUCAUAGAUUCUUUCUUACUUUCUUACAUUGUUCACUCUCUUAUCAUUGAAAUGAAGGGGUAAAAUGUUACAUCAACACAAAGCAAUCAAAUAAUAUUUCCUAACAUCCUGUCACAGACCAUCUCUUCCAUUUGAAAUGCCACACACUUCACUUAAUCUUGGCAGAUGAGACUAGGAUCAUAAUGUUAUUUAAUCCAUUUCAUUUGUGAGACAUUCACAUAAUGAUAGAUAACUGUGGAUAGAUUAUUUUUCUUCUGUUGCCAUUUGAUAGAAUGUUCAUUGCCUGUUGCCUUUUUUUAAAUCAAUGAACAGAAAUAUGUCAAAUAUAUAAGACUGUCUGGUAGAGCUGUUUAAUGGCCAGAAAAAGCUUUGUGGUUAUAGAGUUUUAAAAAAAAUGCAAGUUAUGUCAAGAAAGUUCAGCACACCAAAAUAGCAAUAAAUAAUUUAUUUAGUUUUAUUAUCAGUGUUCCUUAUAAAUAAAUGCUACAAUUGUGGAACUCUCUGACCCACUUAAGUUUCUUUAUUUAUCUUGUUGCAUUUCUUAAUGAAUUUAAAUUUGUUUGUGGUUGUGUUUGCCAGCAACAGUUAUCAACUUUCUUUUAAACCUGCAAUUCAAUUUUUUAAUUUUUUUUUUAACUUCCAAACUGGACCAACACUUACUGGUGGACACCUUUAACUGUAACUUUUGUAACUAUUUGCUUGGUAGUCGCAGGUA